UCCCCAAAAAUUAAUUAAACCCCUUUAUAAUUGCCCAUCUAAUUAAUAACUGGAAUGCAGCGCAAGAGUUCUUUGAGGGAAUCCCUGAGUUUCGUCAGACCGAAGAAGAAAAAAUUUGUGCAGGCCACACGAUUACGGGGAAAACAUUUAUUCCGUUCAGCAGUGAGACGAGUGCUGGAGUACCUAGAUUGGUUUACAUCAACCCUGAGUGAUGAGGAGCCCAAGGAUGAAGUCAGCAUCGCCCUGGCACAGCGAAAAAAGGGGGAGAAAAAAUAUUUAACGCUCGAGGAUCGUUCGUAUUUAUUGACUCGAGUAGAUACAAGAACCAGAGAGGACAGAUCCUACAUCCUGGAUCUGAUAAAAACACUCAGAGCCUUCAGGAAAUAUCCAGAGGACGUGAGGGAGUCUGUCAGUGCUAUUUGUGGAUAUCUGUACUUUGGAGAGAAUCGAUUGAUCGUACGACAGCAUGAUCCUGCUCAUUACUUGUAUUACAUAAUUAAAGGAGAAGUUUUGUUGACGAAAAUUGAAAGAGAUCCGGUCACCGAUGACGAAGUGGAAACGAGUGGAGGAACUCUCGGCCCUGGGGACUUGUUCGGGGAGAUUGCUCUUCUCCAUUCAUUGCCGAGAUCGACAACUGUCACCACAAAAACCCCUGUGGAUCUGUUCUACAUCACCAAGUCGGAUUUCGAUAAGCUCCUGAAGAAGACUCUCCUGAAAAAUUGGAAUGUUCUCCAAGACGCUCUAGUAACGUUCAACUAUUUCAAAACUUGGGACGAAGUUACUGUGAGAGAGUGCUGCAUUCUCAGUAAAAUAAAGGAGUUUGGGCCGAAUGAGAUUCUUUUAGGGGAUGGCAAGGGAAUGGUCAAUUAUGUGUAUUUUCUACUGUCUGGAAAGUGCCGGCUCAUUGAACACAUGAUUAUUUUUGAACAAAAAUUCUGCAAUCAUGUUAAUUACGAGCUGUACUGCCCCGAGAAGUACCAGGGAUCGCGUCAUGGAAGUCAGCGACAGAGUCACCGAUUCCAGGGAAAUGAAAUGGGAGCUGAUGAAGACGAGUUGGAUGAACCCGAGGUCCCGGAUUAUGCGGGAGUCAUGAUUUCUAAGCAACCUCAGGGAAAAAUGGACAUGGAUCGUCACAGCGUUGUCACUACGACUCUUCAGGACGUGAUAAACCAAUGGCAUGAGAUCACGGACGUCGCUGCGGCCUUGAUGAGACAGCCCUCCACUGCCUCCCAACAGGCCCAUCCGGAAGGUGUCAGAACAAUAUUUAUGCAAGUCUGUGAAUUCCAGAGGGGAGCGUGUUUUGGUUUAGGAGAGGAGAUGAGGAAUCGUCGAAUCGUGUCGAUGACACCAGUUCGAUGCCUCCUAGUCCCUCGUUAUUGGCUAUUCGAACACAACCGGGGAAAUAUUUGGGAACGAGUGAAGCUCUUCAUGAAUAUGAAGUACCCGUCCAAAGAUCAGCUGUUCAACAAGUUCGUCACCGAUCGUCGGUGGAUCAAGUACAAGAAAAAUAUGAUGACACAUAUUAUAAAAAGGGGUAGAAAUAUUUAUAAUAGAACUACCAUUCAUGACGUGCCUUAUUCUAUCAGGAUCGAUGAAGACAUCGAAACUCUAUAAGUACAAAAUUUUACAGAAUCUCACAUAAAGUUAAGUACCUCCUUAAAAAAUAUACAUUUUUAGACAUUAAAAAAAUGUUACAGUAUUCUUAAAAUUUUUGUGGCUGAAACAACUCUAGCCCAACAGUCAAUAAAAUAUGAAGAUUUGCACGCACAUCGAGUGCUCGUUCAAUUGAAUAGUAUUAAAAUAUUAAU